CGGCCCCGGCAACACUCGUCAAUGGCUGCCCUCGUCGAGUCCCUCGCUGGGCGAUGUGCGUAUGUCGCCGCCAGAGCCAAGCUCCCCGUCGCCGCAAAGGCAGCGCCGGUCACCUCCCGUCGCAAUCCGAUGGUGCCGGCGGCUGUGAGCAGCCGACUUCGUGCGCUGCGCCACUCCUCCGCCUCUCGCGGCUCCAGGACGACCACCAAGGCGAGCACGGACGAUUUGAUCUACCGCGUGAUGUCCGCCAACCAGGAGGUGAGCGUCAUCACCGUCGUCGGCACCAAGGUGGUGGCCGAGGCUGUGAACCGCCACAAGACGGCGCCCACCGCGACCGCCGCGCUCGGCCGCAGCAUGCUCAGCGCCAUCCUCCUCGGCACCUUCAAGGGUGACGACGAGACGACGCAGGUGACGUUCAAGGGCGACGGGCCCAUCGGGCAGAUCAUCGCCAUCUCCGACAACACGGGUCAGGUGAAGGGCCUGGUGUCCAACCCCAACGCGGACCCGCCGCUGCGGCCGGAUGGCAAGCUCAACGUGGGCGCAGCCGUCGGUCGCGGCUUCCUCACCGUGGCCAGGGCCCACCCCCAGUGGAAGGCGCCGUUCACGGGCACGGUCGAGAUCACCACCGGGGAGAUCGCGGAGGACAUCGCCGUCUACCUGCAAGACUCCGAGCAGGUUAACAGCGCCGUCGCCGUGGGCGUCAGCCUCGAUCGCGAGCUCAACAUCCGGUCCGCGGGCGGGUACAUGGUCCAGGUGCUUCCCUUCGCGUCGGACGAGACCAUCGAGGCGCUGGAGCGGUCCAUCUCCUCGUUGCCGUCCACCACGGACAUGAUCGCGGACGGUCUCAGCGCCAGGGAGAUGGCGGAGAAGGUGUUGGGAGACCUCGGGUCGCUUCCGGAGAUUGCGACGGAGUCCACGCCGUCCUACGGGCCGUGCUGCCGCGACGACCUCCGCGGGCGGAUGAUGCGCGCACUGGCAUCGAUGGGACGAAAAGAGGUGGACUCCAUCAUCGAGGAGCAGGGACAGGUGGAGAUGACGUGCGAGUUCUGCAAGGAGAGCAUCGUGUUCAAGGAAGAUGAGCUGGCGACGGCGAGCAAGGAGCUCUGAUCGAGGUGCACUAGUAGCGCGACUGAAGUUAACCUAUUAUAUUCACCUAUUUCACCUGC